CUAUAAAUAGGAACCUUUGGUAAGAGCAGACACCCAUCAACUCUCCAUACGAGAUUAAGCACCUACUUCUCUCUUAGGAAAUCAACGGAAUUUUCAGCAAGGCAACAUAGAUAUGGCGAAGAGCUCAACUGAGGUAGCCAUUGAAGGACUAAAGCGGCUUCUGAGUGAUAAGGAAGGUCUGGAUGACAUAGCUGCAGCAAAAAUUGAGAAGUUGACCGCUGAGUUGCAAGAGCAAGAGCAAGAUCAUGAGGAGUGUGAUCCUGUCGAGAGGAUUAAAGACGGAUUUAUUCACUUCAAAAUCCACCAUUUCGACAAGUGUCCAGAUUACUAUAAUCAACUUGCAAAAGAGCAGCACCCCAAGUUUCUGGUGUUUGCGUGCUCUGACUCCCGCGUUAGCCCCUCUCAUGUCCUCAACUUCAAGCCAGGGGAAGCCUUCAUGUGCAGGAACAUUGCUAACAUGGUUCCUGCAUUUAAUCAGUUGAGAUACUCAGGAGUUGGUGCAGUCAUUGAAUACGCAGUCAAGCAUCUUGAGGUGGAGAACAUCCUGGUCAUAGGACAUAGUCGCUGCGGUGGGAUACAGGCCCUUAUGUCUCUUCCUGCUGAUGGAACUACUUCCAAUGACUUCAUCGAUGACUGGGUCAAAAUCGGUUUACCAGCCAAGGCCAAGGUGGAAUCAGAGUGGAGCGACGCAACAUUUGAGGAAAAAUGUGAACAUUGUGAAAAGGAGUCGGUGAAUUUGUCUCUGGUCAAUCUAUUGAGCUAUCCGUAUGUGCGAGCAGCACUAGCUAACAGAGCUUUGAAGUUGAUGGGUGGUUACUAUGAUUUCGUUAAUGGAACUUUUGGGCUAUGGAAAGCUGAUUUUGAUAUCACACCCGAAAUUAUCAUAUAAACUUGGAUCAAGUUAGGUGCCCAACCACCGUGUUUGCUUACUUUUUCACUUCAAUAAUGUAGUGUUUUUGUGUUCGAUGAUGAAUAAGUCCCAACAAAAACUAUUGAGCGAGUUAUCUACUUGCUCCUUUUUGUUGGUUUCCUCUGUAUGUUGUCAUUUGAAGAUAGAAAUUUUAAAUACAUUUUGAAUUUCAUAUCAA